GUAAUGGUCAUUAUUUCUUUGAGUAUCGCUGCAGGAAAAGACGGAAUCAAGAGCUUUGUCGACGAUGAACACUGCUGGAUGUCUUCUGCAAACAAUCUUAUUUGGAUUUUUAUUGCGUUUGUGAUAAUAGUUGAAGUGCUGAACAUACUGAUUCUUGUGCGAGUCAUCAGAGAAAUGACCAAAAUGCAGCAAAAAAGGGGAACUAUUCAACACGUACGACUUGGGAUAAGGACAUGUGUUAUUUUGCUUCCUCUUCUGGGAUUCACUUGGUUGUUUGGCCUUUUGUCACCAGUGCAUAGAGCAUUCACCUACAUUUUUAUCAUCCUUAACUCUACUCAGGGUUUCUUGAUUUUUCUUCUUCAUUGCGUUAGGAACAGUCAGAUUCGAGAUCGACUGCAACAAAGAAUUGGCAUGAUUUUCCCUGCCACGGAAGAGAGAAACCAGCCAAAAGUGAUGCCGAUGGAGUAAAACAAAAAAGAAACAAAAAUUCAAAUGCAGCCAACUAGUUUAUUCCAGAUUCAAAAUCAACAAGCGCCAAGCCAUAGAGCCUAAUGGAAUGGCACAGUCUAAGAGAUAGAGUUUACAAGUUUGUUAGUCAGCUCGUCGCGGGAAUAGUAAUUAUCUAUUAUGAUUCUUCACGUAAAACAAGAAACACUAAAAAACGUGCGUCAUGCGUCAUGCGUGCUGAGUCUAUCGUGAGGUGUGUGGCGUAUCAUAUGCGUAAAACGUGAGUCUCGAGCCGUGUGUUUCGCUCUCUGAACAAAGGAUUAUCACAUUGCGUAGAUUGGUAGAAUAAAUG